CGUGUGUCCAGUGGGUAUAUAAGAGAUUCGGACGGCCAUGCCUAGUCAGUGAAGCCUUCGCAUCAGUCGUAGAAGUGCUAUAAGCUACUCUUUAGUCAAUCAUUCAACAUGAAGGCCAUCUUCGUGUCCGCCCUUCUCGUGGUCGCCCUUGUGGCUUCGACUUCGGCUCAUCACCAGGAGCUUUGCACAAAGGGUGACGACGCAUUGGUAACGGAACUGGAAUGCAUUAGGCUGCGUAUUAGUCCAGAGACCAACGCCGCAUUCGACAAUGCCGUGCAACAACUGAACUGCCUCAACCGUGCUUGUGCCUACCGCAAAAUGUGUGCCACAAACAACCUGGAACAAGCGAUGUCCGUUUACUUCACCAACGAGCAAAUCAAAGAAAUCCACGACGCAGCCACUGCCUGCGACCCCGAAGCCCACCAUGAGCACGACCAUUAAAUUCUAGGGGCUGUGCACUUCUGAGAUGUAAAGUAUCUAUGACAUGUUUUUCCCAACCCAGGAAUAUGACAAAAUAUUGCUCGCCAUCAGCUGGUGAGGUACACAGAAAAAACGUAAUAAACAGUUCAAUGUGUUUGUGCACUGAAA